AUGUUGCCCAUCUUCUGGCUACUUCCGUCGGCGCUCGCCGCGCAACCCUCCGCGCCCGAACCCAUCUCCGCUCCGCUUCGCGCUCUGGAUUUCGGGCAACUGAAUUUCUUACAUACGACUGAUACUCAUGGCUGGCUGGCUGGUCAUUUGCAGGAGUCGUCAUACUCUGCAGACUGGGGUGACUAUGUAUCGUUUGCAACGCGCAUGCGGGAAAAGGCAGAAGCUCAGGGACAAGACCUAUUGGUCAUAGAUACCGGGGACAGAGUUGAAGGCAACGGCUUGUACGACUCGUCUGAGCCCAAGGGCAUCUUCCUCUCGGACAUCCUCCGGCAACAACAUAUCGACUUGUUGACGUCGGGAAACCACGAACUAUACAAGCAGAACACAUCCGAGGCUGAACUUCUCACCACCGUUCCUAAUUUCCAAGGCAACUACCUGGCUUCCAAUAUUGAUAUUUUCCACCCUACAACCCACGAGCUGGUACCUCUUGCGCCCCGAUACAAGAAGUUUACUACCAACAAGCAGGGUAUCCGUAUUGUAGCCUUUGGCUUUCUUUUCGACUUCACCGGAAACUACAACAACACUGUGGUCCAGCCGGUAGAAGAAACGAUCAAGGAAGACUGGUUUCAGGAAGCUAUUCGGGAUAAAGAGGUCGACCUGUUCCUCGUGAUCGGUCAUGUGCCCGCCCAUUCUCCCGAGUAUCGUGCAAUCUUCAAGACCAUUCGAGGCAUUCGCCGGGAUACUCCAAUCCAAUUCUUCGGUGGACAUCAACAUAUCCGCGAUUACGCCAAAUACGAUGACAAGGCCUUCGCUUUGGCAAGUGGCCGGUUCAUGGAGACCGUAGGCUUCAUGUCCAUUGACGGUCUUACUACCGGAGGCAAAUCCGGCCUACUUAAUUCCGUCCCUGUGUUUAAGCGAAGAUACAUUGAUAGCAACCUCUACUCUUACCAAUACCAUACUGGUCUCGACCAGGAUGCGUUCCCCACAGAGAAAGGUCAGAAUGUUUCCCGAUUGAUUGCCAAAGCACGCAGCGAGCUUGAACUAGACAAGGUCCAUGGCUGUGCUCCCCGCGAGCUUUGGAUGUCACGGGUCAAGUAUCCCCACGAAGCCAGCAUUUAUACAUGGCUUGCGACUCAGGUCAUCCCCGACUCGUUGCGAGAUGAUUCUCGAGCGGAUGUACCUGCCCUGGCUAUUGUGAAUACGGGAGCCAUGAGAUUCGAUAUCUUCAAAGGCCCCUUCACGCAAGAUUCGACAUUUAUUGUCUCACCAUUUACCAGUGGUUUCCGCUAUCUGAAGAACGUUCCAUAUGACAAAGCCCAGCUGAUGCUAGAGGUUUUAAACAAACAGCCACAAGUGCUGUACGCAUCGCAACAUGGAGGCGAGUCAUCACAUACCACACUCGCACCUCUUGAGCAACUUGCAUACCCCGAAGACGUGGUAGUCGAUGCAACAAGGCCAUCGUUCUUUGGUUCCGGGUCUGCCCAAAUCCCCAUGUCUGGUGAUAAGCCCACCAAACCACUUGUGCCUGGUUAUACGACAAAGGACGAUGCAGGCACGGAUGGCGAUGAUACCAUCCACGCUCCGAUUUCCUUCUAUCGAGUUCCCAAUUGUAUUCAAGCACUCGUAUCUGCUAAUUCGUCCGAGACCCCGGAGAAGGUGGAUCUGGUCUACAUUGAUUUUAUUGAGCGUUAUAUGGUGCUCGCGGCUAAAUUCGCUGGUCUCGAGGUCGACUUUGCGAAGGAGAGCGAUGUGUACAUGCCAGGAAUGACCAUGACGAACCUGAUUCUGGAUUGGGUCAAGACACAUUGGAAGUGCGAUGAAUGA